UUAUGCACAUCACUGUUUUGGUCUCUCUGGAAUAUUAUACAUUCUCACUGGUUUCUGCUGGGAGACGCCGCUCCCUUUUUCGGCGAUGGAAACGGAAUCGGUCGAGCACCGUCCAGACCUGCCAGCGUCUGCGGGAGCUACUCCAAGGAAGAGGAACUGCCUUCGGAGCGAAGCUGACAGCGAUGACACCGAGCUGUACUCUCCAUCGAGCGACACCACUUCGGACGAUGAAGGCUUCGAGGUCUACACACGCCGGAAAGCGAAAAGACGAAAUGUCAGCGGAUGCUCCGCAUCAAGUAAGUCGACUGUGAUUCCUGCGCCGAGAGCUCCGGAGCAUACAAUUAUCUUCGUUCCCGAGGCGGCUACGGACAAUCUCAACCGACUCAAUAGACAGGCCAUCUCUAUUUAUCUGGAGUCUCUCGCGCCAGGCGAGAUAAAAGACGUCAGAAUCAAUAAUCGCAAGAACGUCCUCGCUAUCGAUGUUAAUAACCGAAGCGCCUUGGAUCCGUUGAUGAAGAUUACGCAGCUAGAUAACAUCAAAGUGCGCUGCCACACUCCUCAGACCUUGGAAACCACUGCAGGAGUGGUUUACAACAUCGACGUCUCAAUCUGUGACAGUGAUUUGCCUAUUUUGAUCAAAACAACGACAGAGAGCAUUCCCAUAAUACAAGCUCAUCGUAUUGGCAAAUCAACUUGCGUGAAGCUCAUCUUCAAAGGGGAUAGCCUACCAACGUAUGUAAAGGUCGGCCAUUUUCGUCAUAUUGUACGACCUUUCGUGCCCAAGCCCCUACAGUGUCGCAAUUGUCAGAGAAUUGGACACGUGAGUGCUGUCUGUAAGAACCCAGGCAUAUGCUCACGUUGUUCCGAGUCACAUAGCUCCGACACUUGUCGCACGACGGACUUCAAGUGCUCCAACUGCAAGGGUGCGCACGAUGCGACUUCGAAAGAUUGCCCGUUCCAGAAAAAUGAACAGAAGAUCUUGAGACAGAUGGUUAGAGACCAUUCGACGCAUAAAGAAGCCGCAACUAAAGUGCGACGCCGACGCCGACGUUCCCGGCACCGCAAGUUAAGAAAGCACUGUGAUAGUUCUAAGGAAGUGCACAAUCCGGAGAAGGCUGCUCGUCAACCGCUGACCUCGUGCGUUACCAACGCAGAUGAGAGAAGAACGCCCGCCAUCGAUAACUCAAAGGAAGCAUGGCCACCUUUACCGAAGCCAUGCCAACUCGCAGAACCACGAGACACGAGUCGUCCAACAACUACGAAUGUCCCGACAGCAGGCCCUGCAGCAGUCCGCGCAGAAGGCCAGGAUUUGCAAGUGAUCGGCAUGCUGAAGUCACUCAUGAAUGUCAUGCGUACGUUACUGACGAACCUAAACACCCCGAAUGCUCGCAGCGCACUGCAAGUACUGGACGCGAUGAAUCCAGUACUUGCAAGUCUUGAAUAG